GGAGGAGGAGGUCCUGGCACUGGCAGCCAUCUUGGAUGUGCGGGCUGAUUGUUUAGUGAAAAGAAUCGGGAGUAAAGCACAUAAAGACCGAAAACAGCCGCAGCUACCGAAGGACCGACACCAGAAGACAAACACACGGACCCGGGCUGACCCAGUGAAGGCAUGAGGACAUCAGCCUAGUCAUCAGUCAUGGCCGAUAAACGAAAACUCCAAGGUGAAAUAGAUCGAUGUUUGAAAAAGGUAGCGGAGGGGGUGGAGCAGUUUGAAGACAUCUGGCUGAAGCUGCACAACGCCGCAAACGCCAACCAGAAGGAGAAAUAUGAAGCAGACCUCAAGAAGGAGAUCAAGAAACUACAGCGACUGCGGGACCAGAUCAAGACGUGGGUCGCAUCCAACGAGAUCAAAGACAAACGGCAGCUCGUCGAGAACCGCAAACUCAUAGAAACGCAGAUGGAGCGCUUCAAGGUGGUGGAGCGUGAGACCAAGACGAAGGCCUACUCCAAGGAAGGCCUGGGGCUCGCCCAGAAGGUGGACCCCGCCCAGAAGGAGAAGGAGGAGGUCGGCACCUGGCUGACGAACACCAUCGACACGCUGAACAUGCAGGUGGACCAGUACGAGAGCGAGGUGGAGUCGCUCUCCGUCCAGACACGCAAGAAGAAGGGCGAGAAGGAGCAGCAGGAGCGCAUCGAGGAGCUGAAGCAGUUUGUGGAGAAGCACCGCUACCACAUCCGCAUGCUGGAAACCAUCCUGCGCAUGCUGGACAACCACUCCAUCCAGGUGGACUCCAUCCGGAAGAUCAAGGACGACGUGGAGUACUACCUGGACUCCUCCCAGGACCCGGACUUUGAGGAGAACGAGUUCCUGUACGACGACCUGGACCUGGACGAGAUCCCCACCGCCCUGCUGGCCACCUCCCCCCCCGGCACCACCCUGGAGGACGAGAUCCUGCAGCACUCGAGCAGCACGCCGACCUCCACCACCUCCUCCUCCCCCACGCCGCCCUCCCCGGCCACCUGCACCACGGAGAACUCGGAGGACGACAAGAAGAGAGGCCGCUCUACAGACAGCGAGGUCAGCCAGUCUCCUGUGAAGAACGGCAACCCGUCCUCCUCGUUCUCCUCGUCCUCCUCGUCCUCCUCGUCCUCGUCCUCCGCCUCGGGCCCCGCCUCCUCCUCGCUGGUCUCCCUGGCGGGGGCCGGGGGGGGCAACACCCUGUUGGGCAGCAUGGGCGGCCUUCUGUCCAGCAGCCUGGCCAGCAGCUACAGCAACGCCACGCAGCAGCCGCCCCACCCCUCCACGCAGCAGCACCACCUGCCCAAGAACCCCUCCUCCGCCUCCACCUCCUCCGGCCUCCACCACCCCGGCUCCUCCGCCGCCUCCGCCUCUCCCCCCAACGCCAUCACCCAGCCCCAGGCCUCGCCGGCCUCCAUGCCCACCAACAGCCUGGGGCUCAGUUUGGGCAUGGGCCUGGGGAAGGGCUCCGGGCCGGGCCGCGGCGACGCCAGCAGCCCCGUGUCGUCGGGCGGCAUGGCGGGCCUCAUCUCGGGCUCCACGCCGGCGCCCUACGCCCAGGCCGCCGCCGCCUCGGGCCCGGUGGGCGGGGGCCUGCUGGGCGGGGUCUCCUCGGCCCCGGGGGCGGCGGGGGGCGGCUGCAGCAUCACGGUGGGGGGCCCCACCUCCACCACGGGGGGGCUGCUGGGGACCUCGCCGGGCGGGGGCGGCGGGCUGCUGGGCCUGGGGUCCGGCCCGCUGGGGGGGCAGGCCGGCUCCUCCAUGGGGAGCCUGGCCCCCGGGGGCGGCGUGGGGGUCAUCGGCAGCGGAGGGGGCGGAGCUGUGGGCAGCGCAGUGGGCGGAGUCACAGGCAGCUCUCUGCUCUCCAAUCGACCACCCAGCCGGCAGAAACAGAACGGAGGUUACAGUGCCGUGGUGUCAGACAGCACGCAGGACUCUGUCCUCACCAGUGCCAGCCAAUCACAGAGCAGCCAGCCUUCCUGUUUGACCUCCACAGCCAAUCAGCUUAAGGACAGCGGCCCCAGCCUCUUGGGGUCCCUCACCCUGGCCUCCUGCUCUGCGUCUCCUCUCUGCUACACGGAGGCGCACUCGUCUGGCAGCAGCCCCCUUCUCAACGGGCCCCUGUCCUACCCCCAGGCCUCUGACAUCAUCAAGCCCCAGGAGUCGAUGAGCAGUCUGAAGACCAUGGCCCAUCAGGCGGCCCUCAGCUCUGGGAUCGAGACGGACAUGUCCUCCCUCCACCUCAACACGGACGUGUUCCCCAGCACGACGGCCCCCUCAGGACCCCCCUCCGGGCCCCAGACCUCCCUGUCGGAGGUGAGCAUCCCGCCCUCGCUGGGCGUGUGCCCCCUGGGGCCCGUGGCGCUGUCCAAGGAGCAGCUCUACCAGCAGGCCAUGGAGGAGGCCGCCUGGACGCACAUGCCCCACCCCUCCGACUCCGAGAGGAUCAGGCAGUACCUGAUGAGGAACCCAUGCCCCACGCUGCCCUUCCACCACCAGGUUCCGCCGCCGCACUCGGACUCGGUGGAGUUCUACCAGCGGCUCUCCACCGAGACGCUCUUCUUCAUCUUCUACUACCUGGAGGGAACGAAGGCUCAGUAUUUGGCAGCGAAGGCCUUGAAGAAGCAGUCGUGGAGGUUCCACACCAAGUACAUGAUGUGGUUCCAGCGCCACGAGGAACCAAAGACCAUCACGGACGAGUUUGAACAGGGGACCUACAUCUACUUCGACUACGAGAAGUGGGGCCAGCGGAAGAAGGAGGGCUUCACCUUCGAGUACCGCUACCUGGAGGACCGCGACCUCCAGUGAGACCUGGUCCUGGUCCUGGUCCCGGUCCCCUGGUCCCGGUCCCCUGGUCCCGGUCCUGGUCCCGGUCCCCUGGUCCCGGUCCCCUGGUCCUGAUUCCGGUCCUGGUCCCCUGGUCCUGGUCCCGGUCCCGGUCCUGAUCCCGGUCCUGGUCCUGGUCCGACUUACGCUGACAUUCCUGAUGGAGCCCCUCCCCCACGCAGGGCGGGUUCUGAGACGUGGA